AUGUUAAGUAUAAGCGUCUUCUUUGUUUGCAUCCUCUCUCUCUCUCUCUCUCUCUCUCUCUCUAUCUAUCUAUCUCUCUCUCUCAUCAAAUUCGCACUUGUAGGCUUAUCCUUCGAGACUGUAUAUAUCUAUCUGUAUUUGAUGUUCCUCCAGCAUUAUCUUUUUGUAUUUUGUCAUUUUAAUUUCUUAGUCUCGCUUUCUCUCUCUCUCUCCCUCCCUCCCCUUUCUCUCUCUCCCUCUCUCUCUCUUCGAUCGUUUUUUCUUUCUCCGGUUAACUCCUCCUUUUUCGUCUCUCUCUCUCUCUCUUUCACUUCUCUCUCUUUCUCUCUCUCUUCUUUUUUCCUUUCGCUUUCUUUCUUUCUUCUUAAAAAUGUCUCACCUUUGGCUUGUUUGCACUUUCUCAGGUUAACUCCUCCUGGUUUUCUCUUUUCGCACACUCUCUCUCUUUUCCUCUUUCACUCCUUCUCGCUCUCUCUUUCACCCAAAAAUUUUCUUCUUUUCGCUCUCUCCCUAAUUCUCUCUCUCUCUCUCUCUCUCUCCCUGCACUCGUUUGCACUUUCUCAGGUUAACAGUUUCUGUGUUUCUCUCUUUUCUUUCUUUUUUUUCCCUUUCAUUCAUCCCAAAUGCUUCUCGCUUCAAAAAUGUCAUAUGAUGCCCAGCGGAACUGACACGAAUCCGAUUGUAACCAAAAAAGUUGGCAUGUCGGAAAACUAUCUAUCUAUCUAUCUAUCGUCCCGACACGAGGAUAGACAGCUGAUAAUCGUGGACACCAAUGCCCUCUCUAAUCUAUCCACGAAUAUUCCUCGACAAUAUUAUGACUAA